AUGGCUAGCACGUCAGGGAUGGGAAGAACUCCGAGGAACCUAGAUCUAGAGUUCGAGAACUAUCAACUACGGAACUUAAGGUCGAGGUCGAGAGGAUCUUCUAUCCGAGGGACAUCAGGUCACCAAGGCCGAAUUGGGCAAGUACUACCAGCGGUAGGACCGAGCAAUUCCGGUCGAUCAGGACCACCCACGACACCACCUAUCAAAGGAUACGGUCCACCCGAGGAUUCAUCAACAGGUGACGAGAGGCACGAGAGGAAUAAUCAGCAGAGGAACACAAGGUCCGACAAUGCGACCGAAGCCAAGCUAAGAGAGUUAGAAGAAAAGAUAAGGAAGCUGUCAGGAACCGGCGAAGAAGAUAAGCUAUCCGAGGUCAUAAGCGAGGCCGAGAGGACCCCUUUCACCCAAGAGCUAGAACUAAGGGCUUUCCCACCUAAGUGCACGCUCCCCACCUUCCCAUUCAGGUUCGACGGCAUGGGAGACGCAGUUGAGCAUUUGAAGAUGUAUACUAUGUCCCUAAUCCAAUGGAUAAACCAUGAGGUGGUAAUGUGUAAGUUCUUCUCGGAAAGCCUGGAAGGAGAGGAAAGGAAAUGGUUCUACAACCUCUCACCAGGAACAAUUGAUAGUUACGAGACUCUAGUCGAAGCCUUCCUUGAAACGUACAUGCACAACAGCAGACCUCGGCCCAGGGUCAACAGGUUAUUCACCUUGGACCGACGGUUUAGAGAGCCUCUCAGAUCAUUGACCGAUCAAUGGAGAAAUUUGUGUACAAAAAUUGGGAAGGUACCAGUCGACAAGCGGAUAUUCGGGUUUGAAAACACACUAGGGAGAUCGGAUCCCAUCUGGAUAACCAUGUUCACUGAAAAGCCGCAAACAUUGAAGGAAAUGAGUAAAAUGCAAGAAAAUUUCAUCGCCCUAGAAGAAAUUCAGGAAGAAUCAAUGGAUAUGGGAGUGCAAGAGGCUAGUGCGGCGCCCGAGUCGACAUCGGACGAUGUUCAACGUCGGCCCGAGAAGAGACCGAGCCCACCUACGCGAGAAAAUGGGAAGAAGGAAUGGGUAGAUAAAGGAAAAAGGCCGAGGAACGAGGCGAGAACAUACACCCAUUUGAAUGCUCCACUAGAAGAAAUCUUCAAAGAGGUCGAUUAA